AUGGCUGGUUAAUAUGAACUGUAAAGCUUUAAAAAAAAUAUUUUUUUUAAAUUUUUUAUUGAUAUAUAAGUUACCAAUCUGGGACUAAAUAACAUAGACAUUGUAUUAGAAAAAUGUUUGUUAAUAAGGAUUUAAGUAAUUUUAACGGCUCUCAAAAUUCGUUACCUCGUGCGAACGGCACGAUGGUGGGUUCAUACUAUACUAGUUUACCCAACAGUCUUUUAGUUGGGGGUGAAAUACCAUCAAAUUCACCUGCGGACUGUACUGCUUCUACCACAAUGUCUUCUCCAAUAAGUGGUAACCAUAUACCGCAAGCUUCAGGCGCUGUAUUGCUCCGCUGCAACGAAUGUAAUAUGACAUUCACUAAUAAGAGUGCAUUUGGGGCGCAUAUUCAAUCGCAUACGAAGCAACAGAAUGUUGCCAAGAGUGCUGUACAAAUGUCUCCAGCAAUAGGGACAGCCCAACAGACAACAGGACCCACAACGUCCUCGGAUCCUUAUGAAUGCGAUGUAUGCAAAAAAACUUUUGCGGUACCAGCGCGGCUAGUGAGACAUUACAGGACUCAUACAGGAGAAAGGCCGUUCGGGUGCGACUUUUGUCCGAAGAUGUUCAGUGUGAAGGAAAAUCUCCAGGUGCACAGGAGGAUACAUACUAAAGAGAGGCCUUAUAAGUGUGAUGUAUGCGGCAGAGCAUUUGAACACAGUGGAAAAUUGCAUCGGCAUAAACGCAUCCAUACGGGCGAACGCCCCCACGAAUGCAACAUUUGUGGAAAAACUUUUAUACAGUCAGGUCAACUAGUCAUUCAUCUGCGGACUCAUACCGGCGAAAAACCUUACAAGUGUACGGUAGAAGGUUGUGGCAAAGGUUUCACUUGUUCCAAACAAUUAAAAGUACAUUCAAGAACGCAUACGGGUGAAAAGCCAUACCAUUGUGACAUUUGUUUGCGCGAUUUCGGAUAUAACCAUGUGCUGAAACUGCAUCGAGUUCAACAUUACGGUUCAAAGUGUUACAAAUGCACAAUUUGUGAUGAAACAUUCAAAAAUAAAAAAGAGAUGGAAGCUCACAUAAAGGGUCAUGCAAACCAAAUUGUUGACACAGUUGAGGCCCCUGUACAGACUGUCGUACCUAGUUCAAUGUCACCUGAAACGGAUUCGUCAUCGUGCGGGUCUGUGACGAGUAAUAAAGAAAAUAAAAUCUAUAAAGAAGACGCACCUGCUUAUACUUAUCAUAGAUUUGAUCAACAAUUAGGAUACUCUAGUGGUAUGAAUCUCCUAGCCACGGCUGCUGUAGUGUCGUCUUCCGAGAAGAAAAUUUCUUCACCCGUUUGUUAUGAUAUGGAAAUAGAAUCUAAUGAUACAAUUUAUAAUACUGAGCCAACUAAUUAUUCGCCCAGAAGCGUCGAAAGGUCGAUGAACAUGUAUGAACAUUUAGCCGUUAUGAGGCAAGCAUACCAGCUCAUACCUCAACCUGUUCCUGAAUACCAUUCAAAUUUAGAGAAAUCAAAUGAUAUCAUAAAACGUGUAGAAGCAGCGUUGUCUGUUGCUGAACAUAGUCCAACUACUUUUAGUGUACCUAGUUCAUCACCUGAAAGACUUUCUGUGACACCACCACAAAUAUCUGAAAUGGAACAAGAUAUUUUGGAUUUAGCAGCUCAUAAAGAAAUGAUGAGUCUGCCGCCUAGAAAAAGGAAAAUGUACCUCAGGGAUAUUGAAUCCGCUCCAGUUAUCAAUAAUGUUAGAUUAAGUUCAGUCAUUCAAUUUGCGAAAGCUUCAUAAAAACAUUAUUGCUUUAAGAUUAUAGAACAAAGACUAGCAAAAAUUCUUAACUACUUGAAGAUUUAAAUAUUAUUUUAAUGAAAGCAUUCUGAUAAGAGCUUUUGGCUUUUGAUUUUGAUAUAUAAUUAAAUCGUCAAUUUUAUUGAGUAUCUGAAUGAUGAGACAAUUAAACAAUCAUAAAAUUAAAAACU